AUGAAUUUCGUGGAAAAACUGAAAAAAAUAUAUGACGAAGAAUUCGAAAAACGACUUGUGGCUGAAAAUGUGAAUUUUGCGCAAAGAAGAGCUGUAGAAAUAAUUGAGCGACGAGAUAGAUUAAGUUGGGAAGUUCUAGCAGUUGGAACAACAACAAUUGUAUUAUUAGCAGCUGGAUCAGUUUAUAAAAGAAAGGUAAGUUAAAUUUUCACGCAAAGGAUAUUUUCAAUUCAUUAUUCAUUUCAGGAUGUUAUUAUUCCAAUAGUUCCACUUAUUAUGGGUGUUGGUUAUCGAUAUGAUGCUGCUCAUGGUGGAAAUAAAGAUACAAUUCGAGAAGAAGCUGAAAAUUUGCUGAAAACGAAUAAUAUGAACUUAAAUUAUGUUGGAGGAUCGAUUACAUUAAAAGAUGUUGAUAAAUAUCGGAAUACGUAUUUUUGA